ACACCACAAUGAGCAGAAACACAAUAGAGUUCCGGUUUUCGCACAAAACCGUCGAGCAUACGAGAAGAGCUGUUUUAUCCUGGAGACGACCGGUUGAUAGUCUGCCGUGCGCAUCGAGGGCAGUGCCGCAAACGUCUUAAAGAAAGCGACCUAAUCCGCGGCUCAGCUCCAUAUUUGAUAACCCCGUUCCUUGUUGUUAUUCCGUUCCUAACAGUCACUACAUUAGAGAACGCUCUCCCGAAGUUGGCACGGGAGGACCGAUGGUUGGCUUUUUUUGUUUCUCAUUUGUACCGCUACUCUAACCACCAAGUGUUUCCCAUUAUAUAUGCUUCCUCUUCUCAUUCCAAUUUUGUUGUCCACUACCGAUUGACAUCGUAAUUUUUAAUUUGAUUUUUUAAAAAAUAUGAUUUCUUUGGUGAGAUGAUUUGAAUGAAUUUCAUAUUAUAUAUUUUGGUGAUGAUAUGAAUUUGAAAUUGUUUACGAUCAAUGAUAACUUUAUUCUUAAAUUAGUGUAAUAUACAAGUCUUAUAUGUUAUAUCAACGGUUCACCAAACCACUGAACCCUGAACCACCAACUUUUUCGGUUCACCAUCCGGUUCAUUCUGAAAACAGAAAAAAGAAGAAAAAAAAACAUUGUGUGUUAUUAAAACUCUUAUCCAAGUUGAGGGACUACAAGGGAAAGUAAAUUGAAUUAGUGGACUAGAAGUGAAGUCGUUGACGGGAUCCCAAUUACCAGUGGAGAGGUAUUUAAUUGCACACAUCGAGAAGUGUUAGGUCACCGGAGACGUAGGAGAAGCGGAGAGGCGAUGUCGGACCCGUACGAGAGAGUGAAAGGAGGUAGACUCUCCUUCAAGGGUGGCGAAGUUGCCGUUUCUAGUAAAGCCAUCGCCAAGAGAAAGAAGAAGAAGAAAUCGAAACUGUACGACGGCGACGUGGCGCAGCCGCUGGAAGGCGAAGUUACGGCUGGCGAUGGCGAUGCUUCAGGGGAAGGAACUGCCGGGGCUGCUGAGGUCUACACAAUUGACGCCGCGAGGAAGAAGAAGUACGAUGAUCUCUUCCCAGUCGAGGCUAAGAAGUUCGGUUACGACCCUAAGGCGAAGGAGAAGAAUGUUGAGGACGCUCUCGACGAUCGCGUCAAGAAGAAGGCCGAUCGUUACUGUAAAUGAUGCCUCCUUGAACUGCUUUCCCUCAUUUGCAAAUUGAAAUUCAGGUCAUGCUUCUUCUCUGUUGCUCUAGGGUUAGGCAUUAUAACAGUUUAGGGGAGCAUACAAAAGCAACUGCUAGCUCCUUGUUGUAUCUUUGAUCAUUACACUGAGAAAGCUUCCCUUGUUUGGAUAUCCCCCGGCUAUCUGUUUACCAGUUAUUCAGUGAUCUUUUGCUCCCAUGUUCGUCUCUAUUGCUGCAAACCCUACUUGUGUGUGGUCAUGGAUGCUGCGAUUUUUCCAAGCUAGCUCAGUUUUCUGUUGGGCUAGCCUAACCUAGCCUGAAACCCUUCCAUGGAUACUUGUGGUAAUGUGCCUGACCAACGUAUAAAUUGCAAUAUAAGUUUCUGAGUUGCAGGAAACAUAGUGCCGAUGAGAAUUCAUCAACGAAUUCUCCUUGAUUUUGAUUGAUCGUAUCUCGUCGUAAUCUAUUUUAACUCGGGUUGAUCUCGUUAUGAACAUCCAAACUAGGAACUCCAAGCCGAAAUAUGUAAUGUCUCAAUAUCUAGAACAAGGAAAGAUUGAUCCUUGGAAAGAUUCUUUAAUUAGAGGAAGGCAUCAAUGUAGGUCACUAUAAGUAAGCUUGGGCAACUCUUGCGAGGAUCAUUGUUCCAACUUACUUUCUUCUGGUACAAGGCUUUGCCGCAGCAGCUAUUGACUAGUGCGGGAGUCAUUUGCUCCUUGCUGCUCCGAACAGCAAUCUGCGUGCUCCGCAUGCUGCUGCAGAUGGUCCUGUUGUCUAACCUUUACUGCUAGUUAGCCCAUCCCUCUUUUGCUUCCUGCUGUUUUUUUUGUCACACAUUUUAGGUUCAUUGGUUCUGUAGAGCAGGAGGAAAUAUUAACAUGUCCGGUCCCUUUUGGUUCCAUGGAGGAUGGAUGUUAUGAUCCACGCAAGGGAAAGAGAUACCGACAUUGCAGUGAAGCAGCUCUAAGAUUGAAGGAGGCUGGUCUUGUCCCAUAUAUUUGUCAUGACGUGAGGUCUGGGACUCCCGGCCAUCCAUGGACUAUUUUAGAAAGAAAUUGCAGAAUCAGUUCUAUUUUGAUAGCUCUGUAGGAGCGAUCUAGCUCCUAAAUCACCAGAGACUCCUACAAUUUUCACCUUGCAUACGUUGGAACAUCAAACGGUCCUAAAUUUGCGCUCAGUUGCUGAUAGACGCAAUUUGUUUAUUGUAUCUCGUAUCACUUUUUAAGAUCUCUACAGCUACAAACGAUCAAAGGUUAUAUGGUUAGCCUUUGCCUACGCCUUCAAAUAAGAUCGUUUGCUGGCCCAAAUGUGUCAAUUUCUGAUUUCAUUAAACUUAAGACGGUCUU